AUUACAAAAGAUAAGAAAAAGUGCAAAGUUUGAGAAUUUUUCUCCAACCACCCAGUUCUAUGUUCUGUGUGAGACUUCCUGUGUGGUUUAACCGGCUUCUGAUUGGGGCAUUCAGGGCACAGACACUGAGAAGCAGCAACCAAGUAAGAGAGAGGGGUCUGUACGCUGCACAGCCUCCCCUAUCCCUGCUUCACUAUGCGUCUGUGGCCCUAAUUCAUAUGGAGGUUUGGGAUACCGAAGACGCAAUAUAAGAGAAUAGAGGAUGGAAGCCCAGGCAAUGUACGAGUUUAAUGCCUCUGGGGAAGAUGAACUGAGCUUCAAAAAAGGAGACGUGCUAAAGAUAUUAAGUUCUGACGAUAACUGGUAUAAAUCUGAACUCAAUGGAUCUGAAGGAUAUGUUCCCAAAAACUAUGUGGAAGUGCAUUUCCCCAGGUGGUACUGUGAGAACAUUUCCCGUGGAGAGGCUGAGAGUAUACUCAUAGGCAGAUUUGUGGGAGCAUUCAUCAUACGUGCCAGCCAGACUUCUAAAGGGGAAUUCUCUAUGUCAGUAAGGGAUGAAGAUGAUGUGCAGCAUUUCAAGGUCAUGAGGGACAUUCGAGGCAACUAUUACUUGUGGACAGAGAAGUUCAAGUCCCUUAAUAAGUUAGUGGAGUACUACAAAACGGCAUCAAUAUCACGGCAGAAAGAGAUCUACUUACGGGAGGAAGGCUCAGAAGCACAGGAGAAACUGGUGGAAAAACAUGUAAGGGAUCCCAGAUCAUCUGGAGGAGGGAGGGCGGGAAAGUUAAUGCCAGCGGGCUCCCAGAGGAACUACCCUGAGCCAGAAACUGACAGAACUAAAUGUGUUUCCUCAAAACCUUCUGGAGCCCCCCCAGAGGCGAGGCACCAGAACCCUGUGGCACAGGCAAGUGAAGAAUGCAGCAAAAUCCCUUCUUCAUACAAGGGGCCAAGCAACCCUCAGCGGGCACAGGCAUCUCCCACUCCUCAGCGAAUACGGAUGGUGAAAGCUCUCUAUGAUUUCCAGGCCAUGGAGCCUGAUGAACUUGGCUUUAUAUAUAGUGAUGUCAUCGAAGUACUGGAUUGCUCUGACGCGUCUUGGUGGAUGGGACGGUUGGGAGAAAGGGUCGGCCUCUUCCCAUCCAACUACGUGGCCAACAUUGACCGAUGACAGCAUUUGGAUACACAAAUACACACCAGUUGGGCGUAUCUUUAGGUUGAUAAGAGAACGAAUGCAGGAGCAAAGCACUGAUAGGAUGAGGAGCCAGGCUACAUUGUUCCACCAUUAAGGAACCACAACAGGUGCAAUGGCUGUCAUUCACUGAAAUACAUGUACUUUUCUAACUAAACUGUCACCUGUACAUUCCCACUGAUAUUUAUAUUCCUUGUUGUUUUUAUAUGAUGUCCAGACUUCAAAAAAAGUUGUUGUUUUUGGUUA